GCCGCAGAGAGCGAGCCGGUGAUUUCCCAAUGCUUUAACUUUGGCAGCUGCUAUCGCAAGAGCGUUUCCUACAUACCAACCCAGCAAAUUCUUUUUCAGAAGCCCGGGGCCUCUGAAAGUCGGCUUUCCCAGCCUUGAAUGCUUAGCCGGAAGUAAGAACUGAAAGUUCCACGCAGCUGAUUCAGUAGCUAGUCCACCUUCCAUCGUGGUCCUUGAAAGCUUCUCAGACUGUUUAGUGAAGGUUCCCUGACUCGAUAGGCAAAGAAGAAAUCGAGGGAGAAGAAAAUUCCCGAGUGAGCUUUUGGUUUCCGGCCUCUUGACUGACCUCUGCCAUCGUGUGGGAGGCUCUGCCCAAGCCGGCCUUGAACUUUUGCCUCAUCUGUCAUGUGGUGGGGAGGGUAGAGAUCCCCCCCACACACCCAUUCACACCUGAAGCAGGUGGAAAAGCUGGCUGCUGGCCCUAGGGUCAAAAGAAGAGGAGAGCUGUCCCUGCCUUUCGUCAGCUGCAGCCCUCAGGAGAGUGACCGUGAAACCUCGCCUAACAACACAGCGGAGCUGGCCCUACAGGCACCAGAACAUUUGGAGAAUGCUCACAGUGGCAAUGUGCUUGGCCCUCCUGGGCUGCCUGCAGGCCCAGGAGUUCAAGGGACAUGUUUCCAUCAUCCUGCUGGGAGCAACUGGGGACCUAGCUAAGAAGUACCUGUGGCAAGGACUGUUUCAGCUGUACCUGGAUGAGGCUGGGAAGGGCCACAGUUUUAGCUUCCACGGGGCUGCCCUGACAGCCCCCCAGCAGGGCCAGAAGCUCAUGGACAAGGCCCUGGAAUCCCUCUCCUGCCCCAAGGACUUGGCACUCAGUCACUGUGAUGAACUCAAGGGUCAGUUUCUACAGCUGAGUCAGUACCGCCAACUGAAGACAGCCGAGGACUAUCAGACUCUGAACAAGGACAUUGAGACGCAGGUCCAGCAGGAUGGGCUCUGGGAAGCUGGCAGGAUCUUCUACUUCUCAGUGCCACCCUUUGCCUAUGCAGACAUUGCCCGCAACAUCAACAGCAGCUGCAGACCACACCCAGGUGCCUGGCUGCGCGUUGUUCUGGAAAAACCCUUUGGCCAUGACCACCUCUCAGCCCAGCAGCUGGCUUCAGAACUUGGAAGCUUUUUCCAGGAAGAGGAGAUGUAUCGGGUAGACCAUUACCUGGGCAAGCAGGCCGUGGCUCAGAUCCUGCCCUUCCGAGAUCAGAACCGCAAGGCCUUGGAUGGCCUCUGGAGCAGGCACCACGUGGAGCGGGUGGAGAUUAUCAUGAAGGAGACCGUGGAUGCAGAAGGCCGAGCCAGUUUCUAUGAGGAGUAUGGCGUCAUCCGUGACACGCUGCAGAAUCAUCUGACUGAGAUCCUCACACUGGUGGCCAUGGAGCUGCCGCACAACAUCAGCAGCUCGGCCGCGGUGCUGCAGCACAAGCUCCAAGCCUUCCAGGCCCUGAGGGGGCUGCAGAAGAGCAGUGCCAUCCUGGGCCAGUACCAGGCCUAUAAUGAGCAGGUGCGUCGGGAGCUGAAGAAGCCAGACGGUUUCCAGAGCCUGACACCAACCUUUGCAGGUGUCCUUGUCCACAUUGACAACCUGCGCUGGGAGGGCGUUCCCUUCAUCCUGGUGUCUGGCAAGGCCUUGGAUGAAAGAGUGGGCUACGUACGUGUCUUGUUUAAGAACCGGGCGUACUGCACCCAGAGCGAGAGACACUGGGCGUCGGAGCAGAGCCGGUGCCUGCCCAAGCAGAUAAUCUUCCACAUUGGACAUGGCGAGCUGGGCCACCCCACCAUCCUGGUCAGCCGGAACCUGUUCAAGCCCUACCUGCCCACCCAGAGCUGGAAGGAGGUGCAGGCCGAGCCUGGGCUCCGCCUUUUUGGUCGCCCUCUGUCUGAUUACUACGCCUUCAGGCCUGUGCGGGAGCAAGACGCCUACUCCGUCCUCUUGUCUCAUAUCUUUCACUGCCGAAAGGAGUCCUUCAUCACCACAGAGAACCUGCUGGCCUCCUGGGUCUUCUGGACCCCCUUACUGGACAGCCUAGCCUUCGAAGUUCCACGCCUCUACCCAGGCGGAGCAGAGAACGGCCACCUGCUGGACUUUGAGUUCAGCGGCGGUCAGCUGUCCUUCUCCCAGCGUCAGCCAGAGGUGCUGAUGCCAGAGCUAGGGUCCGUGCCCAAACCCAGUGACUUCCAGGUCCUCAGGGCCCAGUACAGAGAGAGCCCCUUGGUCACUGCCUGGCCAGAGGAGCUCAUCUCUCAGCUAGCCAGUGACAUUGAAGCCACCGCAGAACAGUCCGUCCGACGCUUUGGCAAGUUCCACCUGGCACUGUCAGGCGGGUCAAGCCCCAUAGCCCUCUUCCAGCAGCUGGCCACAGGACAUUACAGCUUCCCCUGGGCCCACACGCACCUGUGGCUGGUGGACGAGCGCUGUGUCCCUCUCUCAGACCCAGAGUCCAACUUCCAGGGCCUGCAGGCUCACCUGCUGCAGCACGUCAGGGUGCCCUACUGCAACAUUCAUCCCAUGCCCGUGCACCUGCACCAGCGCCUUUGUGCGGAAGAGGACCAGGGGGCCCAGACCUAUGCCAGCGAGAUCUCAGCCCUGGUGGCCAACAGCAGCUUCGACCUGGUGCUGCUGGGCAUGGGCACUGAUGGGCACACGGCCUCCCUGUUCCCACAGUCACCCACUGGCCUGGAUGGUGACCAGCUGGUGGUGCUGACAGAGAGCCCACUCAGGCCUCACCAGCGCAUGAGCCUCAGCCUGCCCCUCAUCAACCGCGCCAAGAAGGUAGCUGUCCUGGUCAUGGGGAGGACAAAACGUGAGAUCACCAUGCUGGUGAGCCGUGUGGGCCACGAGCCUAAGAAGUGGCCCAUCUCGGGCGUGCUGCCUCUUUCUGGUCAGCUGGUUUGGUACAUGGAUUACGAGGCCUUUCUGGGAUGACAGGAGCUCCCUGGUCCUAAUCACCCUCAAGCCUUCUCUCACUCUCCCAGUGUGCCUUGCUGUCUGGAGCCUGGUGCCAGAGUCAGGCCCCAGAGAAAGGAGGACAAAACUCUGCUCCACUUCCUGGGCCCUCUGGUUCUGUGUAAUUGUGAUGUCUCAACACAAAAACCAGGCAGAACUCAGACCUCUGCUGUGGCAAUGCCUCAAAACCCAGACAGGAAAGAAACUCAGCCUCUACCGGCUACUCGGCAGCAUCUACAAUGCAGAAUAUGAAGGGAGAAGAACCUGUUUAAGAACCAAUGUGGUGUGCAAAGACUGGCCAGUGAUCCUUGGACUGGUUUCUGUAGGAAGAGGGGCCAGAGUUGCUGGAGAAAAGGGUGCAGAUCUUCCAGGUGGAUAUCGUGCUCCGAGCCAGGCAAGAAGAGUAGAAACAAAUGUCCUGGGAUUGCACGGGGCAGCCUGCCUCUUCUGGAAUCCCUUCACCCCAGCUGACGUCUGGUCCUCCUUCAGGCAGCUUCUACCUGCUCUGUGCCCGACAGCCACCGUCCUCUGCAUUCCCCAUUGCCCUUCUCCCUGUAUACCAAGGAGGAACAGACAGACACUGCCAUGUCAACCCCCCCCCCUCCGACCCCAUCUAAAGACCUGGGCUCCCCUUUCCCACUGAGAACUGUUCUGUUAUCCCUGGGCCAUCAGGUGUCUGAUCUAUAUAUAGAUAGGGCUCUUUGCUCCUGGGGGUCGGGGUGACCACAGCUCUCAGCCUCUCUCUAGGGAGUAUGUGGCCAGUUCCCAGCACUAGGGGGCAGGCUGUAGCUAGCUCUCAUCACACUACCUCUCCAGGGCUCCAAGCCUGACUGUUGGCUCUCUGCCAUCUCUUGCUUCACCACUAACCUGGUACCACCGGGAACAGAAUUGACAGCUCCUAACUGAGCCUCCUCCGGGGCCUCUGAAUUUUUAUUUUUUAAAAGAAAGUCAACAACAUAAAGCAGCUUCUCAGGGCACAUGCAGUUUUUGUUCAGUCACAUAACGAGGGUUACCAUGGCCCCUGCCUCACAGUCACGCUCUGUGUCAGUCACACAGAGUCUCAGUGUCUUCCAGGAUUUUCCCAGAGAGGAGCAUCAGGAAAUCUGUUUCUCUCCUUUUGAUUGGUUGUACAUUUUCCCAGGCCGUGCGUGGAAAAGAACCUGUGCUUUCAUUAGAGACGUGUGCACAGUGUGGGCUGAGCCGGGGCUCUGGAUGAAAGGCAUUCCUGUUAAAAUUCUGCUCACUUUGGCCUCCAGUGACCCAGACUGACAGAACACCUCUAUUGCAAGAGAGCUACCCAUCGGCAGCCCAAAAGGACCCAUAAUGCCCUGGGGUCCUUUUGUGACUGGUGCUGCUCACUUUUCUGGCAGGUGAGCUUCCACCUUUGGCCAUGUGGGGGAGCCCACGUGCCACCACUCACAUUCCACCCAGGAGGCAAGUUUAGUGCCAAACGUCAUUUCUUUGUUUUAUGGUCUGCCUCUCUGUCUUCUUAGCCCCAGUGCAAUCUCAUCUGUUCUUUAAGGACUUGGUCCUCUGAAGUUUCAAAAUCAGAGGGGCCUUGAAUGCCUCUGGAGUGAGAGUGAACAGGCCUUGUGUCAGCGUUCUGAAUAACAGUGAGUCACUGCCCAGCCUGAGCCUAGAAUGUCCUGUUCUUACCCAGAAGAAUGACUCGCUCUAUCUGUGGGGAGUUGCACAGGGGAGGUCAGGGCGGGGAAAUACCAAAGAUUUCCUUUCCGGGAGCAAGCACUAAUAAAAUCGCAUGGGUGGGGGUGGGGGUGGGGUGCUGUCGGGAGACAUGGUCACCUGUGCACGCCCUUUUCCCUUCUGCCCUGGGUUAGGAAGGAAUGAUGCACAGAGUCAGGACCCCUGAGUCUGCUGGCUGCUCUUCAGGCUUGUGGACCUGGGAUACCCUCAGUUCUCUGUUUUUCAUUAAAAAAAGAGAUGGUUGCCUGUAAACCACUUACGUUGAGUUGGCAACAAUGUGAAGAACGCAGCCUUUGCCUGUUUCCUACCUGUCAGGAAGUGGGGAUGGGAAGCUGGGAAGAGAGAGAGGAAGGGUGUCCGGGUCCCUGGAGAAGGGGGACAUAUGGCCACUUGUGUCUGGGACACGACCUUCCUUCCUCAAAGUCCACUUCCACCCAGACUUCCCCAGUGAAGUGAGGCCCUGCCUCUGUGGGAACCUCUGGUCUUACAGGCAUUCUCCCUGGGCUGCCUCCAGCCAGAGGGGAGGGAGUGAUGACACAAGGGAAGCAGAAGCCUACCUGUUGCUUGGGUGGCUCUUGUGUGUCCCAUGCUGAGAGGCAGAUGCUAAAUGCUAGCACACUUUGUCCUGUGGACAGCCCGGUUUGCUGCCGAUGGGACCUUAGUGACUGGUGAUUUCAAACUGAAGUCCAGUGGCAACCAGAAACUGUUAAGAUUCUCUAGCCCCUUCGCAGCGCCCUGGGGCCUGUGUUUCCCCCAGGGAACCCAUGAGGGCCUCACAUGGCAGACUCAGGUUCCCUGAAUGGGCCUGUGAUUCCUCCGUGGGAAGGACAGAAGGGGCCCUUGGGGUGACAUGCCAGUUAGCAUCUCCAGCACAAACACUGAGCAUGUGGGUGUCACAAGCUAGAUUCUGAUUUUCAGCCCUGGGCAAAUGUUCCUGCUAAUUAAUUUGCCCCUUCUUGAUUUCUUGCUUCUUUUUUUAUGAUUAAAUUGUUUUAAGUUUUAUGUGCA